AUGCUCAUAUCAAUCGGAAUAGCCAUCCAAGCAGUGUUACUGGGAUUAUCACUCUUUACAGUUAUUCUUCGAAGCUGGACUAGGCUUUACUAUGAGGGGAAGAGGCUCUCUCUUUCCGAGUACUUUGCAUGGAUGGGCUGGAUCUUCGCUUUGGGAUGGCUUAUAACUUCGACACUCUCUAUGCUCAUUCUGGUUCGCCAUCCCCCGGAUGGAGAUGGUCUUAUCCCUAGCGUCGAUUACCAGAAGAUAGUCUGGGUAGCCGAAUACUUCUUCGAUACAGGAAUCUACUGGCCGAAACUCUCCAUCCUCGCCUUUUAUUGGUAUCUCAUACCCGAUGUGUUCCAAUCCUUGAGAGUAACACUAUAUAUAAUCACGACAUACCUUGUUUGUUGCAUGACAAUAUCAAUCCUAAUCAACACUCUGAUAGCGAGACCGAUAUCAGACAAUUGGUCAGUUGAGAACCAGCUGAACUCCGCCUGGAACUCCCUGCCUAAUUUUCUGACUCAGUGGUGCUUGAACUUUUCAACAGAUCUAAUAUUGUUCUGUUUCCCAUUCCUCAUUCUCAAACAUCUGACUUUGCGCACUGAGCAGAAACUCGGCCUUGUCGGCGUCUUUUCCCUUGGUGCAAUCACGAUCUCAGCUAGUCUCGCUCGCUUCAUCAUCAGCAACGCAGCAGAUUAUCAGCUUGAUUACCCAUCUGGUAAUGCCCUCUGUAUGGCCGAAAUGGCGACUGCAGUUAUCGUUGUCUGCCUCCCUGGCCUAAAGAAAUUGAUCAUGCAAUCGAGAUCAACUACCAACACGACAAGUCAAGAGUCCAACUCGAAACAGUCAAGCGUGGGCCACUCUUCGAACAUGACGACGUCCAAAUCGAGGACGGCAUCGCAGGCUUAUGCGAGAUGGGGUGUCAUGGACGAUGAGAUCGAGUUGCCUGGUCAUCCCCAGAAAUCUCAUUUGCCUGGUGAACUAAAAGAUGUAGGGAACCUACUGUAA